CGGUCAACUCUUAGCUUAGUUGCAUUUUAUGCUGUUGCGAAAAUGUUGAAGCUCGCAACAAUACUAGCUUUGGCGGUGGCCGCCACCCAGGCCGAUCCGGCCCGUCCAAUCAUCACAACUCGCGGAGGUGAUAUCCAGGGUGUAACCUCCAGCUGUGGCCUCUUCUGCAGCUACUUCUCCUUUAUGGGCAUUCCAUACGGUGAACCACCAGUUGGGGAGCUGCGUUUCCGUAAUACGGUGCCACAUCGUGGUUGGACAGGGAUCAAAGAUGGUAGCGAACAUCGCAAUUCGUGCCCAUCUGGCGCCUUGGUGGGUGAUAGCUACGAAGGAGACGAAGAUUGCUUGUUCCUAAACGUCUACACGCAAAACAUUAUCGGUUCACGCCCCGUCAUGGUCUGGAUCCAUGGUGGAUCGUUCUCAGGAGGUUCUGGUGAUUCGUGGAUCUACGGACCAGAUCACCUAGUUCAGGAGAAUGUGGUGAUCGUCACCAUCAACUAUCGGUUGGGACUUCUCGGAUUCUUCAGUACUGGUGAUGAGCACGCCCAAGGAAACUGGGGUAUGAAGGAUUGUGUUGAAGCUCUGCGAUGGGUCCGCGAUAAUAUCGCUGCCUUCGGAGGCGAUCCCAACAAUGUCAUCAUCUUCGGUGAGAGCGCUGGAGCAGCAGCCGUACACUAUUUGGUACUAUCACCAAUGGCUACUGGAUUGUUCCACAAAGCUGUCGCACAGUCAGGAACCGCUCUAUCACCAUGGGCCUUCCAAUAUAAUCCACAAGAGAUGUCACGCCACGUGGCCAAUACAUUCGGAUAUCCAACCAAUGAUAAUGCUGAAUUGGUUCGUCUGAUUCGGUACACUCCGAAAGGAGAGUUUGUUAGACUGCAGCAAGGAUGGACAGACAUUCCUAUUCCUCGAGGCUUUAAACCAUUUGAGUUUGUCCCCACGGCCGAACCAGCUAAUUCCCCAGAACCCACUUUCCUCACACAGCGUCCGAUUGAUCUACUGAAUGCAGGAAACUUCAACAAGGUACCUAUGAUCAUCGGGUACAAUAAUGCCGAAUCAUUGUUUAUGAUCCAUGAACACCAAAUCGACUCAACCGUCUGGAACGAAUUCACCCGCAAUCCACAAUUCUUCGUACCCCACUACUGGCGCAUUGCACCAGGCACUCCUGGAUCCAACGCCGUCAGUCAAGGAUUCCGUAAUUUCUACUGGCAAGACCGUCCACUUGGACCCGAUAUUAUGCUCGAAUGGACAAAAUUCCACACCGAUCAGCAGUUCAUUUAUCCCAUUGAUAAAACCGUACGGCUUACCGCUCAACAUAACACUGCUCCGACCUACUAUUACCAGUUCAGCUUUGACGGCGACUUGAACCUGGUGAAGCGUAUAUUACUCCUCGGAGAAUGGCCGGGAGCAAUACAUGCCGACGAACUACCGUACAUGUGGUCAAUGACAAGUUUGCCUAUCACACCUAUUCUUCCCGGAAACCCCGCCCUUGCGGUCCGAAACCGCAUGGUCCGUAUGUGGACCAACUUUGCCAUUCACGGAAAUCCGACGCCCAACUCCGACAACGAGCUACAGAAUGUCAAUUGGGCCCCAAUUCAGAAUCAAAAUAUGGCAUACCUGGAAAUCAACGAAAGCCUGAUUGCCAGCAGCAGUCCAAACCAAGCCCGCUUGAACACCUGGUACGAUUUGGAGCGCAGCUACGCCAACGGCCCCUUCGAGUAUCCAAUGACGUAAAUUAGAUUAAAUUGUUUUAUGCAUAGAUAUAAUAAAAAUUCUGUAAUUUA